AUGCCGUCCUGCGUGUGCCUCCGCUCACCGAACAAGUACGUAAGUAACCCAAAAUCGCCUUCUGACCUCAGAGCAACCACUACCACAAACACAGCAGAUGACCAGUCACUAGUUACAGACUCAGAUGUGUUUGACCACCAAGCACUCUUGAACCAGGAAGGCUCAACGACCUACGAUGAAGAGUCUUAUGCUAACACAUCACCGUCAAAUUCCUCAGAUGAAACCUACUAUAUGAAAAAUAAAUCAAACGAUCAAGAGAGUACAAAUUCAGAUCAGCAGUAUGAAAAUUUAGGGAAAGAGAAGCCGGAAGAUUUGAGAAAAACAGUUGAGAAGUGGAAUAACUUGCUGAAACUGUUUGAUGAGAACCCAGACGUGCAAGAGGUCCAAAAUAACCUGAAUAUGGUAGUGAGCAUGUCAGAAGAUGAAGAGAGUGAUAAAACUGAAAUGAAGAAACAAAUCGAAGAGACAAUUAAAAGGUUAACAUCAUCUUUAACGGAGGUGAGGUCCUUUUCAAGUUCUCAAAUGCCAGAUAAAGAGUUGGUUUUACAGCCGUAUAUCGGAAAUGACGACGAGACUCACUUCAAAUGUUUCCUCAGAAACGUUAAAUCGCACAUGGGCGAAGCCGAGGUUGAACUCGACGUUAACGAAUCAUCCACUCAACUUAUCUUACAGCUUUUUGACAGUCUGGGUCUUUUAUCUGGAAAUGGUCUUAAGGAGGAAAGGCCGGGUCUUUUGUCUCGUAUGUCCUCGAGCAUUAAAAGUUCAACGGUGUUCAAGAACCUCUUUGAUCCUCUAGAUCUCACAAGGUCAAAGAUGGAUUUGACCACUUAUUUACAUCAGCUAAGCAAUGAGAUUGACAGGGACGACCUUGCUUCAGUUUCUACUCUUUCGGAUCUGGAGCCUAAUGAGCCUCAAAAUUCUAUUUCCAACUGCCUCUUGAACACUUCACUAGCUCUUGACGGGGCUCUAUGUGACCUUGUUCGCGAGCACAAUCGCGACAUUCCCAACUUUUGCAAUGAGCAAUUGAAGAAGCAGGCCACGCUCAGGAAUAAAUACGGCGACAUGUCCGACUUACCUCUCUUUAUUAGCUAA